AUGACUGUUAAAGAUUAUGAUUUGAAAUUCACUCUUUUGUCUAAGUAUUCCCCAAGCUUGGUAGCAAACCCUAGAGACUUGAUUAAUAGGUUCAUGACGAAGGUGUCCAUACUAGUGGAAGAAGAGUGUCGUAUGCCAAUGCUUUUUGAUGACAUGGAUAUCUCCGAACUCAUGGUGUUUGCUCAAAAACUAGAAGAGUCCAAAAUUAAGAAGGAUAAAAAGAGAAAUAGGAUUCACAAGGAUGGAUCCGAUGGACAUGGUCGUUCUAUGAAGCAACAAAACUUUUUGAGGCAAGGUUAUUCUAACGCCUCUAGAGAUGGUUGCUAUGGGUGUGGUGAGAAUGGCCACAUGAUGAAGGAUUGUCCUAAGGCAAAGGACAGUGUGCGAGAAGGAGAUCAAGUUGCUUCUAAUAAUGUGGAAAUUGUUCCUCAAGCCAAGAAUAGGUUUUAUGCUCUCCGAUCUAAGGGUGAUCCCCAGUGA